CUGCGGCCCGAGGGCGGCGCGGGAGGAGAGAGGAGGAGGCAGCCUUGCUCGGCUUCUGCCAGUGGAAAGUGGGGCUUGGUGACCUCUCCCUCAAAAGAUCACAGCCCUGACCCAUGCCCGGCCUGUUUUAGAUAAAUAAUAAUAAUAAAGGGUGGCUGCGUUAGUGCGGGAUUUGCUCUGGCCUCUUGUCCCUGACAGUGAAACGGAGGGGGGAGGGAAAGACAAGAUGGCAUUGUCAGACUCGGUCACUACUUGUCUUUCUCAGCCUGUGCAUUAUGCAAUUUGCAAACUUGGAUUUGAGAAAAAAGACACGUAUGAUAUUAACAAUAUUUUAUCUGGAAAUGGUGAAGUAUGUUGGCAAGCUGUUACAGAGCAUGUGUGUUACCUUGAAUCAGAUCAAAGUGUGGAUUAUAUCAAAAGCAUACGAUCAUUAGGACCUGUAUGCGAAUCUGUUAAUGUGCACUUCAGAUCUCUGACCAAGGAGCAAUUCAUAAUUCGGUAUGCAUCGUGGUUGCACUGGACAAACUGCACAGAGGUAUUUCUUGAAGUGUUUGAUGUUUUACAAUAUACACAAACUGCAGAAGUUGCUCUUGGCUUAAUGAAACUAACAUCAUGCUUGGAGCGAGCCUUGGGUGAUGUAUAUUUACUUAAGGGUAACGAUUGCCCUUUCCUUCUAAGAGACUUGCUUGCAUCUGAGCAGCUAGCAGUUGUCUUUGGACAAGCUGUAAUGAAUGUACUGAGGAUAUUCAUUGGAUCUCCAUAUGGCCUGAAUCUUCAUAAUGUUUUGUGGCAUGGAUUUGCAUCCCCACAAGAAAUUCCUGCCAAAUAUUGUGCUAUGCUGCUUUUUUUAACUAUAGGGUUGGGUCAGUUGUUGCAGACUUAUCUUCUACAAAAUAAAUGGAUUUUACUACAUCGACCUUAUGUGAUCUUCGUUAGCUUAGAGGAGCUUGAUGUAUUUCCAGAUCUUAAUAAUGAAACACUUUCCAUAGCUGAAGAGCUUGUAAAACUGUCCAGUUUUGUAUUAAAAACAAUGUUACCAUUUUGGAUCGCUGCUUUAACAGCUUUCAAGCAAAACAGGUAUGCUGACAGUGUGAUUCUCUUACUUCCUCAGCUGGAAGUUGGACUUAGAUUGCUCUUCACUACAACUAAUAAAUGUCCAAAUCGUUUGCUAACAGCUGAGUCUUCUGCUUUCUACACGACUUUCGAUGAGAUGCUAGCAAAGCAUUUGGAUAACAAUGAAGUCAACCAACUGCCUGUAGUUCUUGAAGAGCCUGCCAUGGAAUUUCUUUGGGAUUUCUUGAACCACCAGGAGGGUCCACGUGUAAGAGAUCGUUUAAGCCAUGGAGAAAUCAAUCUGGAAGCAUUUCCCAGAGAAGUAGCUAAUCAGAUAGUUGCAUUUGCAAUUACCCUUCUCUGCAGAUUUUCAGAUGAGAAUAUGUUUUCUCUUAAGGAACACACGGUCAUAAAACCACUGAUAAACUGUGCAAGUUGCUACCAAUCUCGAUUUCAUCCAAUUUCCCGUCUCAAGAAACAGGUGUUGGAAUGUAUGAAGAGCAUUCAGUUAUGGUCUGGAUUGCCAACAGUGUCUGAGGAACAAGUUCAAACAAUUAAAAGUUUGGAAGAAAAUGCUGAAGUUAGUACUUUAAUUUUGAUGAUAUCUGAAAUUACAUCUCAGUUGGUGCAAUGUAUGCCCCAGAAUUGCUGUAGUUCAGAUGAUCCAAUCAAUAGUGUCCUAACAGAGAGGCUGUUGACUGAACUUUGUGAUACGCGUAUUUGCACGCUUUAUUCUCCGCGACCGGUUCUGGAAAUAGUAGUGAUACUCCGCAAAAUAAGCACGCAGUGCCAUCAAGUGUCCGAACAAGUUAUUGCCAGCGCUGAGAUGAGAUACACACAGUGGGUGAACAAGACUCUACGUUCUCGUCAGAGGCAUAACUAUCUACGGAUGUUGAACAGCAUUAAAUUUUUGUCUCCAGUGUUGCGACUCAUCUUAAUAUUGAUUACUGUGGAAGUAGUCAGUGUUCAUGCCAUUUGUAAGAAGAAUCCUUUUGAUUAUCAGCAGUAUCUAAAGUUUUUGAAGUUAGUCUUGCAGUACACUGAAAACUUGGUGACAUACACAAGCCCUGAGAAAAACAAGUGGGAUGAAACCAUGGAACUUACAAACAAGGCUUUGAUAAAAAUAAGAAAAAUCAGUGACAGAAAGCUAAUGUUAAUGCAUCUGGCUACAUGAAUUAAAUGGGCUUAAGAUUGUUUGGACAUUGUAAUAUCUAAACAGUUCUGGAGUCCUCAUAUCAAGUCUAAUUCAAAGACAAACUUCAUCAGACAUUGUCAAGGUUUGGAUGCAAAAUAUAGUCUUUUUAUUAGAAAGUAGCUGUUGAGACUGGAGAUGAAUGAUCAAGCUUUCAUAGAAUGAAUUGUUUACUGAAUGCACUUAAAAAGAUUUACUGUGAACUAAAUCAGGAUGAUGCAAGUUCUACUGUAAGUAUACUUUAUGUUUUGUACAUUGGGGCUUUUUUUUGUAGUUUUCUAUUGUAUUGAAAAAUAGCUAAAUAAAGAGUGUGAAUAAAAGGUCAGAGAUUUUU